CGGGGAUCUCGCGAGGGUUAGAGUUUUGGCGAGAGUUUGUGGAAGAUGGCGCCUGUUGUGACAGGUUAUUGAAAUUUUGUAUGAGACUGACAUUGAAAUGGAAGCAUUAUAGUUCUUCGGAGCCAUUAUGAUCUCCAAAGGAAAGGAGAAUGAUACACUGGCUGAGGUGUUUUGAGGUGCAUCGAAGUGUGCCGAGCCGUGGCUCACCUUAACAUGUUCUUGAAGUACCAUGGCGUGGAUUAAAAGGAAAUUUGGUGAACGGCCUCAACCUAAACGACUUACUAGGGAAGCAAUGCGAAACUAUCUGAAGGAGCGAGGUGAUCAAACCGUACUAAUCCUCCAUGCAAAAGUUGCACAAAAGUCUUAUGGAAAUGAAAAAAGGUUUUUUUGUCCUCCUCCUUGUGUAUAUCUUAUGGGCAGUGGAUGGAAGAAAAAAAAAGAGCAAAUGGAACGUGAUGGUUCUUCUGAGCAAGAAUCUCAGCCAUGUGCAUUUAUUGGAAUAGGAAACAGUGACCAAGAAAUGCAGCAGUUGAACUUGGAAGGCAAGAAUUAUUGCACAGCCAAAACACUGUAUAUAUCUGAUUCAGACAAGCGAAAGCAUUUCAUGUUAUCUGUAAAAAUGUUCUAUGGCAACAGUGACGACAUUGGUGUGUUCCUCAGUAAACGGAUCAAAGUCAUCUCUAAACCUUCUAAAAAGAAGCAGUCAUUGAAAAAUGCUGACUUAUGCAUAGCUUCAGGAACAAAAGUGGCAUUAUUUAAUCGACUUCGAUCACAAACAGUCAGCACCAGAUAUUUACAUGUAGAAGGAGGGAAUUUCCAUGCCAGUUCACAACAGUGGGGAGCAUUUUAUAUUCAUCUCUUGGAUGAUGAUGAAUCAGAAGGAGAAGAAUUCACAGUGAGAGACGGCUAUAUCCAUUAUGGACAGACUGUCAAACUUGUGUGUUCAGUUACAGGCAUGGCACUCCCGAGAUUGAUUAUUCGAAAAGUUGAUAAACAGACCGCAUUACUAGAUGCAGAUGAUCCAGUGUCACAGCUUCAUAAAUGUGCAUUUUAUCUUAAGGAUACAGAAAGAAUGUAUUUGUGCCUUUCCCAAGAGAGAAUAAUCCAAUUUCAAGCCACUCCAUGCCCAAAAGAACCAAAUAAAGAGAUGAUAAAUGAUGGAGCUUCAUGGACAAUCAUUAGUACAGAUAAGGCAGAAUAUACAUUCUAUGAGGGUAUGGGACCUGUCCAUGCUCCAGUAACACCUGUGCCUGUUGUAGAAAGUCUUCAGUUGAAUGGUGGUGGAGAUGUAGCAAUGCUAGAACUUACAGGACAGAAUUUCACUCCAAAUUUACGUGUCUGGUUUGGCGAUGUGGAAGCUGAAACUAUGUACAGAUGUGCAGAGAGCAUGCUUUGCGUUGUCCCAGACAUUUCUGCAUUCCGAGAAGGCUGGAGGUGGGUUCGGCAGCCGGUCCAAGUCCCAGUAACUUUGGUUCGUAAUGAUGGAAUAAUCUAUUCUACCAGCCUGACCUUUACAUACACACCGGAACCAGGGCCACGGCCACACUGCAGUGCAGCAGGAGCGAUCCUUCGAGCCAAUUCAAGCCUAAUGGCCACUAACGAGUCAAACACAAACAGCGAGGGAAGUUACACAAAUGUCAGCACAAAUCCAACCAAUGUCACAUCAUCUGCAGCAACAGUUGUAUCCUAACCACUGUUGUGACCUAGGACUUAUCCUGACUGUCCAGUGCUGCAAAUGAGAAAACUGAACAAGCUUUUGUGGCUGCUUGGGAAAACUCUCCAUUCUGAGCAAUCUUCUUUGAGCUCCAUUACCUGCAAGUACUGAUUUGGAAAAGAAGAAGCCACAAUAAAAAAAAAAAGUCAAAAUAUAAAACUUUAUUGGGAAUCUAUUUUUCAGCUGGGUUUUUGGUUUUUUGUUUUGUUUUUGUUUUUGUUUUUGUUUUUUUUAAUGGGCAAGAAAUAGAAAUGUGGCUGGGACAAAGUUUAGAAAACAAUGAACAUCACAUAGUUUUUAUGGACCAAGGAACUUGUAUAAGCUUUAGUAAAAGGUACAUUUUCACCAUACCUUUUUUGUAUCACAACAUAUAGUACACUUUUGUUACCAAAUAGUUUAUUUUUUUUUUCUCCGAGCUAUUGCUCUGAAGUAUAAUCAGGUUUCAUACCUGACCAUACUUUUAUAAUCUAAUUACCAUAUUCUUCCAGUUUAAAAAAAAUAUAUAUAUUUUUGGUCUGUGGCUGGAACUGUUCCUUUUUUAAACUGAAGUCUUGUGACUUUUUAUGAACUGAAAUUGUUUUGAUUUCAGCAAGUAGAACCUUGUAAAGGCCAGCAUAUUUUUUUUAAGAUUAUAUGAAGUCUGUGCAAAAGCUUUAAAAAAAAAAAUGCCUCUGCCUUGCCUGCAAUACAUGCAAUGUAUGUUAACUUAGUGCUUUAUUUUUCCCGUCAUUGUCAAUAGUUAUUUGUGUUUUCCUUUUUUUAAAAAAAAAAUGUAUUUAUAGUGAUAACUCAAGAAGUUCUAACAUUUACAUGAACUUAUAUGUGACCAUCUAGUCAUGUUAAUGACUGUUCAUGUUACAGAAAAUGUUGGUUUUUGAAGGGUUUUUGUAUUUUUUCUUUCGAAUCACAAAUGCAACCAUCUGUUCCAGGAUCUUUUCAAGUUUUUAUUCACUUCUAAUCUUGUACAUAACUUGUAUUAUGUGUAAGUUAAACAUUUUAUUUUGAAUGUGGAAUGUUCCCAAUGGCUUCUUUUGGCAGCGUGUUUUUUGCCUUCUUGACUGGUGACAAAAGUAUCAUGCAAAGUAUUUGCUACCAGUAGGACUGGUAGGUGGUGACCCUUAUUGUAUAGUGAGAAAAAUCUCUACAAAAGCAUGUUUUUAUUCCCUUUACAUCUUUUUUUUUCUAAGUAGCAUAGGCCAAACAUUGGUGUAAUCCUAAAAUGAUAAGAUGCUUUUGUUAGAUGAUCAACUGAAAUAGCUGGAAUACAUUACUUAGAAAUGGAUAGUUGUAAGAUACAAUUGUAACCUAUCCCUUCUUCUUCUGUUUUCUCACCCCCUUCUGCUUUACCGCUCUCAAAUACCAGUCAUCUCCAACAUUAUCCUCUCUUCUCCCUCCAGAUAUUAUCCAUCCCCGGACGGUUUUGUUUCCUUUCCCUUUAAUUAAGAUUUGGUUGCGUUCAGUGGGUUUUUGUAGGCUUUGCACUCUAAGCUUACCAUUUUUACAUUGUCUCCAUUCCUGUACUGUGACUGCACAUUUGUUCAGUUUCUUAGAGGUGACUGACAGCAGAACCAUUGAGUAUAUGAGUACUAGACCUGCAUGUGCAGUAUUACAGAAUAUUGUUUAGCAAUGCAGUCAUCCUUUCUUAGAGUAAAAACUACCUCUGCAUUGUGGUGAGCUUUUAAACUGUCCCAUAAAAAAAGAGCCACAGUACCUUCAGAAUGCAAACUCAUAAUUCCUUGCAGUGUUGACCAUAGAAACCAUCACCAUCAGGGUCCCUAGACUCUUUCAGUAGGUUUCCAUUCACCAUUUUUUAAAAGGGGGAGGAGGAAGCCCAUUUUAGGACAUUUUCUCUUUCUCAGUCUUUGUCUUCCUUAUUCCCUGUUUUGCUUGGGCUGUGCCUCUGUAAAUGUUGUUUUUAUCUAUGUUAAUGAUUUUGUCUUCCAUUUUCAAAGAAAAAAAAUUAAUUUGGUUGUUAAAUCAGUACCACUGUGUUUUUCUUCUACUAUAAGCCUGCCUAAUUAUUCAUAGGCUUUUUUAUAUGACAUGUAUUCUUUUGUCCUACAAUCUUAUUAUAAAUGCGAGCCCCUCGUACUAGCGAAUACUGCCUCACUCACCGUCUAUCUGUUCCAGUGACCAAGGGCGGAUCUCAUGUGGCCUUAUCUUUCUUUGUUUUAAACUGUUUACUGGCAUUCACUUGCAAACUGUUUACUUGUCUUUGCCCUACUUAAUUUUUUUUCUCUUAUGGCUACAGUCUUUACACAAUGUACACAAUGUUUUUGUUUGAAGCGUGCUAAGAUUUUCAGUACUAUUUUACUUAAUAAUUGUCCACAAGUUUCCUUCACUUAAUAGUUUUGAUAUUCAAUUAUGAAAUUAUAUUGGAUUUACUCUGAUGCCAGUAACAACAGAUAAAUGGUAAGAGCAAACCGUGUCUUACCAGUGUAUGAAAUCACAGCUUUUCUCCUUUAAAAUAAUACUUUGGAAAAUUUUUUGGAAAUUUUUCCCUAUUAGACAAUACAAAACUUUUCAUCUUUUGCCUUGUGUUUACCAUUUUUUUGUUUUAAAUACCUUUUUUCCCCCCAGCAGCUUUGUUCAUUUGCAUAUUAUAUACAAUAUUCCUGGGUUUUUAAAAGUUCCCAGAAACUUCUUAUAACAAAAAUGUGUUUUUCCCUACCUGUCUUUCCCAGCCUUUGUACUAUGUGCUGGGGGGAAUGAGGGGAAAGAAAGAUAGGGAGGGUAUGGGGAUUUUUGUCAUAGCUUGUCUUUGUCAGGACUUUUUUUUCUUUAAUAUUACUUUUACUUAAAAAAAAAAACCUAUUCUUCAGUUUUCUAUUCUUAUGAAACAUGUAUUCCAUAUCAGUACCCCUUUUAAACAUAUUUUCAGUUAUUAAUGAAACUCAAAUGCUAAUUUUUGCUUCUUCCUAAUGUUGUUCUGAAAAGGUGGUCCUUUUCAUGAUAAAGGCUGUCACUAGAAUGUUAAAUUCCUUUAACAAACAUAAAUGGUAUGUUCAGGUAUGUGUUUUUCAGCAGUAUGCCUUGUGUACUUUUGUGCAGUUUCUCAAAAUAUACAUAGAAAUUUGAGUCCAUGUUCCAAAAAAGGUUUUUAAUAGUUCAGUAAUUAACAUUGAACUUAGUACAUAAACUAAGAAAAUGAGAACAAUCCUCAUAAAGAUCUAUUCUAAACAGUUUCAAAAUUGAACACUAGUAUAAUAAUAUGUUAAUGUGCUGCUGCUAACUUCUAAAUCUUUGGCAUCUGAAGUCUCUCCAGCUAAAUGAGUGAUUAUUUAUUUCACUUUCACUGCACAGACUCAUUUGAGAACCAACUUGUUAGUUUUUUUUAAAAUGAACCUGGUAUCAUCUCUUCUCACAUAGAAAAUUUCCAAUGUAUGUCCUGACAAAGGAAACCAGCUAACCAUUUAAAACCAAAUUAUGGCAGGAGGAACUGGGGUCAGGGAGGGGAGAGGUGGUCUUUCAUGAAACAAAAUAUCUAAUUAUUAACUGAAGUAUUUACUUUUUCUUUCAAAAGCAGCUGUUUCUGAUGAGUACUGAACAAAUGUGUGUAAUUUUCUGUGCCAGAUUCUUUACUUUGUUUUCAAGCACUGUAAUGUGGGAUUGAGUGGCAGCUUUGUUAGAAAACAGUAAUAUAUUAGGGUUUCUAUUUAACCCUUUCAGGACUGAACUAUUUCUCUCUUCAUUCAUUUCAAUGUUGUAAUAAACAUUUGCCAGCAUUUAGUACUGUCGUGGUCCAGAUGUAAGUUACGUGCUCAUUUUUAGCUUAUUUCUUGUACCUUGCAGCAUGCUAUCUGCAUUCAGUCCUUAAGGGGUUAUAAUCUACAAACCGUACACCUGUAAGGUUUAUUAGCAAUAAGGUAGAAAAUUGAGCAAGUUUUUACCAUAAUUUUGUAGAAAAAAAUGAAUCUGCUCAGUUCCAUUUCU